GCGCGUUCGACUUGAUACCGAACCUCUGCGUGGCUUGCCAUGCGGACUUCGGGAUUAAAGGUGGCUUGAUUCUCGUCGCUGCCUACUUCGAGGUCGGGCUCUGGGCGACCACGAACACCAGCAGGCUCUACGACAUCGCGCUGGCGCUUCGCGGGUGGAAUCGCCCCUUUGCCCUGGCGGCUGACUUCAACUGCGACCCUUCGGACAUGGACGGCAUCGGUUUCCUGAGCUAUUUUCCUGCUCAAUCGGUUGCUCGUUCGCGCGCUUGCGAUCCUGGAGCAGGAAUGCGUCGCAGUGCCCAGGGAAACUACUCUAAUAUUGACUGCUGGCUGGUCAGCCUCUCGCUGGCGGGCUCGUUCUCGGCCCCGCGGCCUGUCCCUGGCUGGCCCGCUGCACCGCGCUACCCCAUGAUGACGCCCCUAGCGGCAAAGGCCAAGGCCGUGAAGUUCGUGGCCCUCGCUGGGCCUCGCGCUUUCCCUCGCCACGCCCCUCCCGACGACACUGCGGUGGUGCACGACACGACCGCCUUCAUGGAGUCGGCGGAGCACGAGCUGAUCUACACCUACGGCCUGGAGCUGAGCACCGCCGGCGCCAGGCAGGAGGUCCCCGAGCUGGCCCGCACCCCGCGGCACCUCCUGAUGCGCGUCGAGCUCGCCGGCUGGCCCAAGCUUUCGCUGACUGUCUGCGUGCUGCUCAGGUCGGACCUGACGUGCUUCGACGACUCGAGCGUCUUGCUUCGCAGGGAGCUGAACGAGCCUAUGCAGAUGCUGACU